GAAAACCUGUGGAAAUCUACUUUGGAAUUUGAAUUUAUUCUGUGUCCUUUUGGAAUGUGUGAAGAGAUGGAGGAGGAAUCAUUUUCGGACUAACAACAAGUGUGCACUACACUGAACUGCAGAAGUUGAAGGAUUUGUUAGGAACCUCCGAAGCUCUAGCGAUGAUCAGGCCAAAUAUGCGACCCCUUCCUGCUGUUCCCUGCCAAGGUUGCAUGACAAAAAUAGGAAUCAACAUGAAAAGAAAGGAACAGAGCCAGUGACGAUGCAAUUUUUCUAAAAAUCACCACCCGAUCCUUGAAUUAUUGGAAUUUGUCUAUUCUUGCACGGAGUGAAGAAUGCCUCAUAGUGUGGAAUAUUUUGGAAGACCAUGUGCAAAGAAGAUCCUUCGAGGACAUUAACCGAGGCGAUUUUUCCCGAACGAGGAACCUGACGUUGAAGCGAAUCGCCACGUCGAAGCCCGAGUAUGAACCUCCCCCGACUGGAAGUAAUAAAUAGCUGAAAAUUAUCCCCGCAACGGUAAUUUUUGUGACAAACGAUAAGCAGAAGGCACCCGCUUCUGGAUUCAGACUCAUUAAGGGAGAAAUAAUUAUCGGGACCAGACGCGAGAGGCGCUGCUGUCGUUCCUUUUUUCUGAAAAGCGUUUUCCGCAGCACUCGUUAUGAAAGUUUCGCACUCUCACUCCGUAACCUUUUGACCGGAGAUUUUAUCUAAUUACUCGCUCCCUCUCUCUGGGGUUUUCCUCUUGGUGUAGUGCGUUGCCCCCGUCCUCAAAAUCUGAACCCGUUUGACAAAUUUUCAUCCGGGUGUGAAUAUCGCGCGGUGUGCGGGAAAAUGCUAGGGUGACCGUGCGAAUUAUCCUCGCGGAUCGGACCGAGUCGGUGAUUUUUAAUUUCCUGCCGAAAUCGCGCGUUCGGAAUGAGGUUAUGCCCGGGGGUGGAUUUUUUCCGCAGUCUGUGGAGGAUUACGCUGCCCCGUGAUUGAUGAUCCGCGCUGGUGUUGUGUGUCGCGUUGUGCGCGUUUCCGUGGCCCCCGUUCGAUUCGAAUGUUUGUGUUGUUAUCGUAACGUCUGCCCGUGCGCCAGCUCCGCCAAAUGAGUUUGGAUAUGCUUUGGCUCUGCGGUCUCUUCCUCACCGCCUCGUUCUGCAUCACCGCUUCGUCACAAGGGCCAAUAAUCCAGGUGCAAGCUGUCAUUAAAGGACAGGCUUCUUUGCCUUGCGAUAUCACACCACCCAUAAAAAAUGAUAGUGUCUUGCUGGUCAUCUGGUAUAAAAAUGGAGAGACUGCAGUUUACAGUUAUGACAGUCGGAGGAAAAUAGAUGAGAAGAAGGGACACUGGAAAGAUACGAAGCUGAUGGAGGGUCGAGCUUACUUUCGAACUCUAACAGAGCCAGCCACACUCUCGUUAGAUGAUAUCACAGAAGAAGACGAGGGUCUCUACCGAUGUCGAGUAGAUUUCAAGAAGUCUCCGACGAGAAAUACCAAAGUACAACUCUCGGUCAUAGUUCCUCCUGGAAAACCCAAGAUCUAUGAAAAGGGCAAAGAAUUGUUAUCAAUAUCGGGGCCUCAUGAAGAAGGAUCUUCACUCACUCUGAAGUGCAUCGUAAGCGGAGGGAAGCCGAAGCCAUCGGUCAUCUGGUGGAGGGGCGAGGCCAUGGUGGACUCCUCCGACUCGGAGACGGCUUACCCGGACGUGAAGGAUAAUCAACUCACGAUAAGCAGACUCAACAGAUCCGACUUGGGGGCUGUCUACACGUGUCAAGCUUCCAAUAACAACAUUAGUCAACCGCUCUCCGCCUCCGUCUCCAUAGAGAUGCACUUCAAACCUCUAUCAGCCAGUAUCCUCAGCAGUCGGCAGCCACUAUCAGUCGAUCGCAAGUACGAAAUAGUUUGUCAAUCAGUGGAAUCGAGGCCGCCAGCCAAAAUUUCGUGGUGGAAGGGAAAUAAGCGGCUGGACACAAGCGUUGAAGAGAUAUCCCCGGAUGGAAAUUUCACAACUUCAACGUUGACCUUCACUCCUACAUUGAGCGACGAUGGAAAAUCUCUAACGUGUAGAGCCGAGAAUGCCCACGUCCGAGCUGGCUUUGAAGAGGAUUCGUGGAAACUCAUCAUUCACUAUGCCCCGAUGUUGGACCUAGUACUGGGAGCAAAACUAAAUCCAGAGGACAUCGAGGAGGGCGAUGAUGUUUAUUUUAAAUGUCGUAUAAGAGCUAAUCCUCCAGCAUACAAAGUCACAUGGAAACACGAUGGUCGAAGUAUCAUGCAUAAUCCGAAAAGCGGUAUCAUCUUGGGAAACGAAGACAUGGCGUUGCAAGGAGUCCGCAGGCAACAAGCAGGAAAUUACUCUUGCAUUGCGAGCAAUGUGGAGGGUGACAGUGAGAGCAAUAUUUAUCAACUGAAAAUAAUGUUUAAACCAACUUGCAAGCCGGAGCAAAAACGAGUUUACGGCGUGGCCCGGCACGAAGAUGCGAAAGUGAUCUGUGAAGUAGAUUCCUACCCGCCGCCGGAUUCUUUCCGAUGGUCCUUCAACAAUACGGCCGAGACGAUCGAGGUGCCCCAAUCGCGAUACAGCUCGGGGGAGAAACGUCGAUCCCUGUCUAUCCUGACGUACAAGCCCGUCUCGGAAAUGGACUACGGCUCCGUCAUGUGCUGGGCCACCAACACCGCUGGCUCGCAGAAAGAGCCGUGUGUCUUCCAUAUCGUUGCCGCAGGCAAGCCAGAUCCACCGUACAAUUGUUCCUUGUCCAAUCAAACCGCCAAUUCUCUGGAAGUUGAAUGCUUGGAAGGAUUUGAUGGAGGAUUGACUCAAAUUUUUAUUCUAGAAGUUUUCGAUCUACAAACAAACACCUUAGAGGCCAAUCUUUCAUCUCCAUCAAGAUGUGUGUUCCUAGUCAACGACUUGAUGCCAGGGAAAUUACUUAGAAUACGUAUUUUCGCUACAAAUGGCAAAGGCCGAAGUGAAUCCAUUUACCUGGAAGGAUUCACCUUAAAUACAGCCGAGAAACAGACGGGCAUGCCAGCAAAUUUCGAGCUGACCCCUGUCCUUGGCGCCGUAUUACUACUAAGUGUAAUCAUACUCAUAGUGACCUUAGUUGGGAUCGCCUUGCUGCGAGCGAGAACGACUCAUAGCAGUAGAAUUCCAAUCACGAGGCCCUCAGAUCUGGCCCUAGUUAAGGAUAAAACGAAUGUACCUUUGCGGUCUAAUAUCCAGAACUUAUACGAUGACAAAAAUCCGGAUGUUAUACCAUGUAAUAAUAAAGAUUCAGACUAUCAACUAGUGAAUGGCUCUAACUGUGAUGUAGGAAGCAAGCAAAGCACGCUUAGCAACAAGUUCAAUCUCAACAGCUCAGGAAAUAUCACGCCAAACAAACAGACUGAUUUAUACGAUAGUUUUAAAAGAAUGCCACCGCUUGGAAUUCAGAAUAAAGACAUCACGUAUGCGGAGCUGAGUUUACCAAAAUCAAAUAGUCAAGAAAACCACGGUUUGAAUCAUAUUCCGAAUAAAGACGAACUAACGAUAUAUGCUCAAAUAGACCAUAGUAGUUGGGCAGUUCCUUACAGUGACAAGGGAUCGCCGCCACCUUUACUCUUCUCCCCCGGUUCGGUGACGACCUUGCCUUCGUUACAUCGAGAGAUAGUCACCGUUCGGACCCCGCUCAUGGCCAAUCAACAAGAAAGUUGUGUUUAGUUAAUUUUUUAACCUUCUCAAAUGAUUACCAAAUUUAUUUUUUUACCUCAAAUUAUUUAUUUAAAUUUGCAGUUAUUGUAAUUAUGUAAAUACUCUGUAAAAUAGUGUACCUUUUGAACUUGUAUAUUUGUACCAUUACACUUGGAUUGAUUUUGAUACA